AUGAAAGGAACGAAGGGCAAGACCAUCGCACCUUCGUCUUUUUCGUUUGGCCCGUCACUAACAAUCCUCGACGUUCUUGCGACCAUCCCCUUUCUUCCAUCUAUUCUUCACCCGAUCUCCUCGUAUCCAUAUCUUGAUAUCCAAUCAAAGCCUAUUCCAGGCCAGACGUCCCGACAUGUCCUCCCAAGACCCCCUGACCCUGCCACCAAUGAGCCCGGAGCCAGAGCAGGUUUUGAUGCGGUUGAUCCUGAUCUUUUUCAGCGAACUGAAACCCAAGAGAGCGGAUUCACAACCAUCAAAAACGCACUGGUCAGCCUCGAUAAGGUGAUCAGGGAAUUGUUCUUGGAGCGAUGUCAAAUUCGCGCACAGAUUGUUCAACAGCGCGCGGUACUGGAUGACCAGCUUGACCUCCUUGAAGAAACCGACUUGCGCAUCGACAACCUUCAGCUAAUUUGGGACAGCAUGGCUACCAAAUUGGGGUUGAGACGCAACAACUAG